CUUUUAGAACCUACUGCUGCUCCUUUAGAUGUGAGAGGACAUAACACCAGCUCAACCAGCAUCUUAGUAGAGUGGGAUGAUGUUCCAGCUUUUGAUCAAAAUGGUAUCAUCACAAAUUACACCAUUACGUACCGGUCACUAACAGAGGGUCACAAUGGGAGUGCUAUAGCUGGCCCCAGUGACCUUCAAAAGGAAUUAACAGAUCUUAAAGAGUACGUCGAUUACGACAUCACAGUAUUUGCGUCGACUUCGAAAGGAGAUGGACCACAAAGUAGCCCUAUUAGUGUUAGUACAGACGAGGAUAGUAAG